GUCAUACAUCAGAACAUAAUUAAUUUGUUUUGUUUUGCUGAGUUUGAAAAGUUUAUUAUUUAGCCCUACAAACAAUGGAAUUGGAAUCGGGAACCUUCGGGGCAAUUGGUAAUCUGCAGGUUUCGCCAAGAUCUAUAAGGGCAAAAGAACUGGGGACUUUUAACGCGAAUGUCCCGCUAAAAGAACGCGUCGGUAAGGAUCACCCUUCCUUUAAACAAAUACCGAAGUUCUUUGUUCCUCCACCGAAACCGGAGGAUAAAGUCCGACGGCUGCUUCAUCAGGAGGCCCACUCGCUUUUUCUGCAGCGCCAGGCGGAUGAACUCCUUAAUCUCGAUGAUAUGAAUGAUCUGUGGAAGACGCUGGAGAAAUAUGUGACUGAGACCACGAGAUCUAGACAACAGUUGGUCAAUUUGGAUGAUUACCUAAACGUCGUUGCGGAAGUGGGCGUCAAGUGUCGAAAAAUCAUGACAGUUGAACUUUUCUUUGAACUGCUGGUAACCUCCAAUUUUCCCGACAUGCUGGAGAUCAUUUCCAUUUAUAACUACAUGAUGCGUAGAGUCUUGCUUGUCCAGGGAAGCAUUGCUCUUUCCUUUUACGAUGAAAUCGGACAGGGAUAUUUAAAUGAGAGCGAUCUGGAAAGCUAUAUAACGGACAUUAUACCAACGCUGGCCCAAGUUAGUGAACGUUUGCAACCCUCAUUCGAGAGUUUUUAUGUCUGUACUGUGGUCAAGAAGAUAUUUUUCUUCCUGGACCAUCUGCAUUUGCGACGUAUUCGGAUAAGGGACAUUGUAUCCUCGGGACUGCUCUCGCAAUUACUGGAGCUGCAUGAUACGGCGAUACUCAAGGAUGCUGCGGAAAUUAAGACGACGAACUGGUUUUCAGUGUCGGCAGUCUUAGAGGUGUACGAGAACUAUCUUGAUUUAGAUAGGGAUCACGAUGGCAUGCUGAGCAGAAAGGAGUUGUCUGAAUACGGCUCUGGUAGUCUUACCACCAUUUUCCUGGACCGCGCCUUCGAAGUGUGCCGUACUUAUGGCGGGGAAAUGGACUACAGAACCUUCCUGGACUUUUACUUUGCAAUGGAACAUCGAAAAACUCUUCCAGCCUUGCACUACAUUUUCCGCAUCCUAGACAUAAAUCAGCAAGGAUAUUUAACAGCCCAAACUUUGCGGUAUUUCUUUGAUGGCAUUGAAGAGCGCAUUAAAGCUGUGCAGGCCGAGGAGGUGAACUUUCAGGACCUCAAGGAUGAGAUCUUUGACAUGAUUAGGCCAAAGGAUGCGUUGAAAAUAACCGUCAAAGAUUUGAUCAACAGUGGACAAGGCGCGACUGUGGUCUCCAUAUUAAUUGAAUUCGAUAAAUUCUUGGCUUACGAGAACCGUGAACAGAAUCACCAGAAUGUUUAAUAACCGAACUCCAGGCAGCAGCCACAGCAGCAACAUGCAACAAGCAGCAGCAGCAGCAGCAGCAACUCUCUUGCGGUGAAAACAUUAAGCCAAAUUUAAUUAAAUCCCCGGACUCUGCUCGCUGCACUUCUUUUAUACGAAUGAUUUUCAUUUGUAUUUUUAUGCCAGACAAUUGUAUGUAAAUUCAAUGUGUAAAGUUCCUCAAAUA